GUCUGAAAUUACGCACCGUUGAUUCGGUUCUUACAGUUUGGCAAAAAGUCCAACGAAAUUGGUGCCGACUGGAGCCGAUUUUUAUGCUGUCCGACGAUAUACGAUCGCAGUUGCCUGAGGACAGCAAAAGAUUUGAAGCUUUGGAUGCUGAAUGGAAAGAUCUGAUGCUGGACGCCUCGCAGCUCUCGAAUGCAGUAGAGAUUUGCUGUGCUGAAGGGCGAGAGGAG